AAUAUUACAGUCUCAGAUUUUCCAGACAUCACUUCAGUUCAGUUUUGUGCUUGGUGGGAAGGCAUCGGGCUGAAUUUUAGUGAAAAUCUUUGAAAAAGCUUCCAGUUUCUGACCAUUUUCAACAUCAAAGGACACUUGACAUGGCCAAACAGAUGAUUAAAAAGUUUAUGAUUCUUAUCCUGUUGAAUAUCUUGCCCAUAAGAUGCCACCAACAGGAAGGAAUGAAACACAGAAAAUCCCAUGCUCGUCUUUCAAACACUCAUCCGAGGAUACUUCCACGACAAGAAGCGGUUGAUGAUGUACUUAACGGUUUUAAAAACACCGUGAGUAGAACGGUGAUAACUCCUCUAAGAACGAUGAAACAAGCUGGCUUUCAAAAUUCAGCACCCCCUUCCAAUGCCCAGGAUAAAAUUAACACAAAAAUAGGCCGGAUAAAGACCAAAGUAUCAAAUUUUGAAUCAUCUAAAAAACAUGCAGCAGCUGGUGCUCUUGCUAGUGUAUUUAGUGGAGUCCCGAGCAUCGUCAAUGGAUAUAAAGAUGGCGAUUGGAAAACUGUCAUGUCCGGUGUUCUUGGAGUUGCAUCAGGUAUAGCAAGCAUGUUUGGACCUAUUGGGUCUGUUGUAGGGACUGUCUUGUCGCUUCUUUCUUCGAUCUUCUCGUGGUUUGGUGGAAGCUCAAGCACUCCAGUUGAAAGUCAAGAGGAUAUGAUGAAAAGGGUUGUUGAAACAGCAAUUGAAGAAAAUGAAAUCAGACUGUUAAAAGAAGAAAUUGCGGGCGUGAGAAACGUGUACACUUCGCUUUCCAACUCCUUAAAUAACUUUCGUGAGCAAAACGUGGAGCCAGAGAAAAAAAGAGAUGCAACGGGAGAUGAAAACGCAGAACCUCAAAGGAUAUCAGAUUUGCAGGGAGUUCAGUUUUUCAACCAAGCCUUUCAAGAACUUGUGCCUUUUGGGAAGCUUAAGGAAGCAAUUAGCAAAUAUUGCGCUGCUGGAUAUCUUCAAGAAGGUACAGAUUCACACGAAAAGACAAAGAAUGAUAAGGAAGUGAUUAGAAAGGCAAAGAAUUGCGCAACAUUUGUCAGACUGUAUUGUGGGAUUGCACUCCAACGCCAGUUCUUAUUGAUUGACAUGGCAGCUGUAAUCAAUGAUGCUGACAGUCCAACUUUAAGACAAACUGGAAUUAACUUUGUCUACAUGUUGACAAAAGAACAAGAAAAAGAUCAGGAAGUUUUACGAUUUCUUGUCGACCCUAUCAACUUUCCAAAUCGACGUUACGCAGUGGCAUACUUUUUUGAUGAGCCAAACAGCAACAACCUAGCCGAAAUUUAUAUAAAGAAACUCGGUGAUACUUUCCCUGGCUCCUAUAAACCAGGUGUUAUGGCAUGCAAAAAUUAUAAGCUUCAGGGUAGAUGCAUAAGUUUGGAAAAGGUUCCGUUUCUGGUCAAGGACGACUUCAGUAGUGUGUUUGUGCCAUAUGGAAAAAAGAUUACUAAGGUCACAGUACAACGUAGCUCUUCCGAUGAGGUAGAACUUAAUCACAGAUGUCUUGGUGCAUCAGUUUGUAAUAAUGUACUGAAACUUAAUAGUGCAUAUCCAGAUCGUGUUAGUGCUUACCUGCAUGUGGAGGAAACUGACGAAAGCGUGAGCGACGAGGUCAAAUUCUGUAAAGCAGAAGAGGAAGACUCGUCAACAAAGAUAAAAUAUCGUUUAUGUCGCACUAUUGGAAAGACCAGCAGCCAUAGAACUCUUGAUUUUGGAACAAUCAGUUUUGUUGGCCAUGUGGACUUGGUUACAAUACCAGAGAAUCUGUGCCUCCUUGUAGCUAGAGUCGGUCAACAUGCCGGUCCUGAUAAAAUUUCAAACGUGUGUGCCAAAAAUAGUUGGAAAUACUUCCAAAUAAUGGAGAAGGAUGAAGGCAUGAAAUUCGUCAAAGUUUGCAGUGAAGUUAACCUGGGAGGUGUCUGCUACCGCAUGCUUGUACCAAAGUUGAAGAAUGAUAACUUUAUAACGAUUACAACAAGCUUAACAAGUUGUGAAAUAAACGUAAUAAAGUCAAUGCAAAUUCCAAAAGCAAUCGAAGUCACCUUGUACACAGAUAAAAACAAAAUCAAAGAUAGUGCUGGACCAUUCGUUGGACCAGCCACCAUAUCAAAGGUGGCGCAUGCGGAUGGCAACACAAAUACUGUAAAGAUUGUUGAUCGUAUGCAGCCUUCAAUUGAGAUAUGUGAGGAAGAGUUAUUUUUAAAGAACUGUGUUCAGAUGCCACUUGAGGAUUAUAAUGGCGGUGACCUUUAUGAUCCCCAAACAACCCCAAUGACCCAUUUUAAGUCGGCCAAAUUUCCUCCUGGUGUUAAGGUUCAACUUUAUGAAGAGAAAGAUAAAGGAGGGGCUGCAUUUUAUACGGCGGAUAGCCAAGGAUAUUGGAGUUCCAGCGAAAAAGUAGCAAGAUCGAUGAAGGUUGAGACACACUGAACAAAUUAAAAACAUUUAUUUUAUUUUGAAACAAAUGUAAUUUAGUUGACAAUGCAAGGAUAUGUCGAGAAAAAGAAUAAAAAUAAAGCUAGUAAUAAA